CGUGAAGCGAAACAUGGUGAUAUUUAUAUUUGCAUCUUAACAAAAUAUAUAAUAGAAAUAGCUUUAUAUCUAAGAUUACUUUUUUUUAUGAAUAACGAGUUAUAUCUGUAUCUAGCCAGGCGGUUUCAUCGCGGUUUAUUCAGGUUUAUUUUUAUUUUUUUUUUUAUUUAUAUUAUAUUGUAAAGCUCUUUAUUCGCGGCGAUGGGGACCGAGUUGCUUUCUGAACUCGACAGCCGCUUUUUUGCUGAUAAUCUUCUGACAAGCGAAGACUGGGAUGCCUGUCUGUAUAACUGUGAGAGUAUGGAGGAAGGAGAGGAGCCUGCUGACUGUCUACAGAGACUGCACUACGACUCAAUGUUUGAUAAUGAUCUGGUCUUGACGCUGGACCCAGGAAACGUGCGGUCUCCGUGGAAACAAGCAAACGAAGACAUACUGACAGCUUCCCUCCCUCCCUCCCUCCAUCUCCUCUACCAGCAGGUAAAUCACUCUCUGUCCUCCAACACAGACACACUCCUCUGCCAGCAGGGUGUGGUCUCUAACGGGACAGUUGAUGGGGUGAAGGUUGAGAACCCCCCCACGCCCCCCUACAUGUUUGGAGACAUCCUGACACCCCCCCUCAACACCGUGCAGAUCAGCAUCCCGACUACCACAGGGGAUACCAAAGCGCCUCUUCAUUCCACAAGCUUUCGGAAAGCCAACACGAUCCUGAGCAGCAAGCCGGCGAUCCAGCCCAAACCAGUGUGUGUGACCGCCAUCCCAGUAGCACAGACCAGCAGCCCGGCCAAAACCAUCAUCCUGCAACCAGUACAGAACAUCGAACAGACACUGCCAGUCUCCAUUCCCCCAGUGGUUCUGUCCCAGUCAGACCUGCUGCGUCUUGGCCCAGUUCCCAGUUUGAUUAAAAUGGAGCCCACAUCGCCAGUCACUGGAGCCACUGGUCCCAGUACCGCCCCCUUCAACAGCGCUGCCAGCAAACCAGUAACCAGCAAAUCCAUUGUACCAGCACCCUGUCAUACUGGGACCAGCAGCUUCGACAUUGACGUGAAGGUGUUGAGAAGGCAACAGCGCAUGAUAAAGAACCGCGAGAGCGCCUGCCAGUCCCGCAAGAAGAAGAAGGAAUACCUGCAGGGUCUGGAGACCAAACUGCAGGAGGUGCUGUGUGAGAACGAGAGGCUGAGGAGAGAGAACACAGCGCUCAGGAAGAGACUGGACUCCUUCAUCACAGAGGGUUCUGAUCCGGUCCGGUUUGGCUCCGCUGGCAGCAGGAAGGUUGUGUGUGUGAUGGCCUUGCUGCUCUUCAUUGCGUUUAGCUUUGGACCCAUCAGUAUCACGGACAGGAAGUUGAAGCCGGCGAGACAGGAAGGGGCGGUGCCUCCUGCAGGAAGACACCUGUUGGAGUUCCAGCAGAGACAGGAAGUGGAGCGAGAGAAGGAAAGAGAGAGGGAGCGAGCGAUCACAUUGCAGGAGGAGGAGGAGGAAAAGAGGGGGGUGGUUGAAGGGGAGGAGGAGAGCGAGAGAGCUGGUAAACAAGCAUUGUUCAGGAAUGUGACGGCUGCGUUCUCGGAUGUGAAGGACCUUGUUCUCAGAGACAUCGACCGGCUCUUCACCUCCACAGAUUGCCGGCAGUUCAACCGGACAGAGUCUCUUAGGCUGGCUGAUGAGCUGAGGGGCUGGGUCCACAGGCACCAGAUCAACCGCAAGAAAGGAGAAAAAAGCCCCAGGGCAAAGAAAGCCAAGAUAGCUCAGAAAGCCCAGCAGAGGAAGAUUAACCUGGCAAGAUACCUUCCAGUACAUCCACAGAGAACGCUUGACAGAGUCUCCUCCAGUCAGCUGGAGCUCUACCCCGGACUCCAGCCCAGGCACCAGGACUUCAUGGAGGCCAUCGACCGCAGAGAGGACACCUUCUAUGUGGUGUCUUUCAGGAGGGAUCACCUGCUGCUCCCCGCUAUCAGUCACAACAAGACCUCGCGCCCCAAGAUGUCUCUCGUCAUGCCAGCCAUGGCACUCAACGAGACUGUGUAUAACUCCUCUCACGGGUACGAGGUGAUGAUGCAGAUAGACUGUGAGGUGAUGGACACACGCAUCAUCCAGAUAAAGAGCUCCACAGUGCCCCCUUCCCUGAGAGAGCAGCACAGCACCCACAAUGGCACCGCCUCCUCCCUGCACAGUCACCAGGGCAACCAGCAUGCCACACCCACCCAGCCUGACCCCGCCCUCUACAUCACACAAGGGGGCGGAGACUGAACCCGGCUGCAGGACAGAGGAAACUCCCUAAAACCAUUUACAAAUGAGGUCAUUUAACCCAUACACUUUGAUGGCAGAUACAAGUAACCCUCUUUCUAUCCAAUGAAUUUUUUUUUUAAAUAAAAAUCCCAUUCAUAAGUCCUUCAGUUUGUGUGCUUUGCUACAUAAUGCGUUUGUGUGACUCAUUUUAGAUUUAAACAGCGCCUGCUCAUAAUCCUGGCGUGCACUAGAAUGGCCCCACCCUCACAUUAUGGUAUGCCAAGAGGGGCAAGGCAGGAGUGGGAUUGGCAUGUGUGGUCCAGUGGUUAGAGAAACGGGCUUGUAACCAGGAGGACCCCGGUUCAAAUCCCAGCUCAGCCACUGA